UCCCUUCCUCUUGCACGCACGCGGCCAUGUCCGAACCUGAGUUGCAGCUGGUGGCCCGGCGCAUCCGCAGCUUCCCUGACUUCCCCAUCCCGGGCGUGCUGUUCAGGGAUAUUUCGCCACUCUUGAAAGACCCGGACUCCUUCCGAGCUUCCAUCCGCCUCCUGGCCAGUCACCUGAAGUCCUUGCACGGCGGCAAGAUCGACUACAUCGCAGAUCUAGACUCCAGGCGUUUCCUGUUUGGCCCUUCACUAGCUCAGGAGCUGGGCGUGGGCUGCGUGCUCAUCCGGAAACGAGGGAAGCUUCCCGGCCCCACUCUGUCAGCCUCCUAUGCCCUGGAGUAUGGGAAGGCUGAGCUGGAAAUCCAAAAAGAUGCCUUAGAACCGGGGCAGAGAGUGGUCAUUGUGGAUGAUCUCCUGGCCACUGGAGGAACCAUGUGUGCGGCCUGUGAGCUGCUGAACCAGCUACGGGCUGAGGUGGUGGAGUGUGUGGGCCUGGUGGAGCUGACCUCCCUGAAGGGCAGGGAGAGGCUAGGACCUAUACCCUUCUCUCUCCUGCAGUAUGACUGAGGAGCCGGCAAGGUGGUUACACCCCUGCUCCCAGCAGCAUCAGAAACUGCACGGUGGCUCAGCCCCAGCACCUAAGUGACCUUAGCGAGCUACCUGCUGCCCUUUUGUGAAUGUACCAUUCAUUCCGUUGGUCAGCUGAUCGCCAUGCCUAUAGACCGUCUGGAUCCUUGCAUUUUGUACACACCCUGGAGUAGAGCAGAGCUGCACUACUAAAGAUCAAUAAACUGCUUUGAUACACA